AAUGCUGUGUUGGAGGGGAAUUUGUCAGAGCUUGGUUACAGUUCUCCUAAGGCAAGGAAGACUGGAACCACCAUCGCUGGCAUAGUCUUCAAGGUGAGAAUCAGUAUAUUACACAUUUUCCGCUUACUGUGAUGUAGCCUUCUCAGGAUUGAGCUCCGCACAAUUCAUUCACUAAGUAUGAUUAUAGUUUGGGUUUCCUCCCUCCUUUCACAGGAUGGGGUGAUACUUGGAGCGGACACAAGAGCCACUGAUGACAUGGUGGUAGCUGACAAGAAUUGCAUGAAGAUCCACUACAUUGCACCCAACAUCUAGUAAGUGCCACAAAGAAUACACCUCGUACAGUAUAAUAGUGUACUUUGUGUAACCCCUAUGUAGUUCAGCAUCAGCCCCUGCACAAUGGUAUGCACAGACAGAGGCUUUUGUUGAAGUCUAUUUGAACCACCGUGUUUCACCCACUAAUCUCAGUUUUUAUUGUAGCUGUUGUGGAGCAGGUGUGGCUGCAGAUGCAGAAGUAACCACUCAGAUGAUGUCAUCCAAUGUGGAGCUACACUCACUCAGCACAGGACGCCCUCCCCUUGUUGUCACGGUUACCCGACAACUGAAACAGAUGCUCUUCAGGUGAGAGAGCAUGAAUGAGUCUGUGACGAUGGGAAAAUAAGACAUCUACAGUGGCCAUUCUCAGUGCUGAAAAUGUAGUUACUUUCCAGGCCAUAAUAUAAAAUAACUGCCACAAUAGUGCCUUCAUAAAUGAUAUCACAUCCCUCAUUUGAUUACAACAACACAUUUUUAUCACAAACAUUAUGAUGAUGCUAUUACAUUGUAGCUCUCUACACCUGAAUUGUGGCUUCCGCAAUGCUUCCACUCCAGGUACCAGGGACAUAUUGGCUCCUCUCUGAUUGUUGGAGGUGUGGAUGUGACUGGCGCUCACCUCUACAGUGUCUACCCACACGGCUCCUACGACAAAUUACCAUUCCUUACUAUGGGUAUUGCUCUCCAUUUGUUUAUCUAGUCAAUGCUUGACUUUGUCAGCGAUGGAGAAUUUGUUGUGUUUCAGUCCAUCAUGAUCACAGAUAGAUUGUGUCUGUAUUCUUUGUCUUUGGUAAUCAUCUAUUGCCAUCAAAUAAUGCAUCUGGGCCGUGGGAAGAGCUUCUAAUGGUAUGAAGUUGUAUUGAAUAUUGAAACAUUAGAAAAAGGUAACAGUACUGCCGUUGUAUUUGCAGGUUCAGGAGCAGGGGCAGCUAUUUCUAUCUUUGAGGACAGAUACAGACCAAACAUGGAGGUGAGAUGCAGUUAUUUUCAUUGAACAGUUGUUAAUUUCAUACAAUGUAUUGCUCACCUGUCUUAUCUGUCUAUCUUGCUCAGCUGGAAGAGGCUAAAAAGCUGGUGCGGGAUGCCAUUACUGCUGGGAUUUUCUGUGACCUGGGCUCUGGUAGUAAUGUGGACCUGUGUGUCAUCACUCAGGCAGGGGUGCAGUAUCUUAGGGGCUAUGACCAGCCUGCCCAAAAGGGGAAAAAGUGAGCUAUACAAGUUUCUAUUGGGCUACAACUAACACAAUUGUGUGAAUAUUACUUGAUUAUUCACAACGGGAAUUUAUAAUAUACUGUAAAUCUUUCCUUUCUCUUUGCCUGUUUCCAGAGAAGGACAGUACAAGUACAAGCCUGGCACCACUGCAGUUUUGACAAAGACGGUCACACCCCUGCCUCUGGAUGUUCUUGAUGAAUCAAUUCAGCUUAUGGACACUCAG